GUUGGACCGUGGUUCACAAAGAAGCGCAUGCGUGGUGCUUACCGAAACGUAGUGAGGACCACUUCCCUUGCAAGGCCUGUGCAAAUGUGCAAAUUCGCAAAAGACAGUCAAGCCAGUUUUCAUCCACAUCGGUGCGCUGCAGCUACAAACGAUUGACCGUGUUGGCGAGAGCAGUUCUGUCCAUUGAUGGAAUAUCGACGAAUCGAGACUGGAGAGGAGAUCCACUGUGGAAUCUAACUGUAUCCAUUAUUUUUCCAUUACACUUCCAACACAACUUCAACGAAUUCACUCGCAGAUCAUUUCUGUGAACAAGUGCCCUGACGCAGGAGGGACCAUAGAGAGUGAACACACUCUCCAAGAUCACCAGCGUAGCUUCAGUUUACCCAGCUCUGAUGGUACCAGCUGAUCUGUGACACCAGCCAGAGGACAUCCCGCCCCAUUCCCAUCAGCAUGUCUGGUCUCCAGAAAACAUGGCCAGCAGGCACGGAGUGCAUAGCCAAAUACAACUUUCUGGGCACGACGGAGCAGGACCUGCCCUUCUGCAAAGGAGACGUCUUAACCGUUAUUGGAGUUACCAAGGAUCCUAACUGGUACAAAGCCAAAAAUAUAAUGGGGAGGGAAGGCACCAUACCCGCCAACUACGUCCAGAAGAGAGAGGGCGUGAAAUCAGGAGGCAAACUCAGCCUCAUGCCGUGGUUCCACGGGAAGAUCACUCGGGACCAGGCGGAGCGGCUUCUCUAUCCCCCGGAGACGGGGCUCUUCCUGGUGCGGGAGAGCACCAACUACCCCGGCGACUACACCCUGUGCGUCAGCUGCGAGGGCAAGGUGGAGCACUACCGCAUCAUCUACCACAACGGCAAGCUCUCCAUCGACGAGGAGGAGUACUUCGACAACCUCAUGCAGCUCGUGGAGCAUUACACCACAGAUGCUGACGGGCUCUGUACCAGACUCAUCAAACCCAAACUCAUGGAGGGGACGGUAGCUGCCCAGGACGAGUUCUCCAGAAGUGGCUGGGCUCUGGACAGAAAGGAACUGAAGCUCAUCCAGACCAUUGGGAAAGGGGAGUUUGGAGAUGUGAUGGUGGGAGAUUACAGGGGGACCAAGGUGGCGGUGAAGUGCAUCAAACACGACGCCACCGCUCAGGCCUUCAUUGCUGAGGCCUCCGUCAUGACGCAACUACGGCACAACAAUCUGGUGCAGCUUCUCGGGGUGAUUGUGGAGGAGAGGGGCAGUCUGUGUAUCGUCACAGAGUACAUGGCCAAGGGCAGUCUAGUGGAUUACCUGCGCUCCCGAGGUCGAACAGUGCUGGGUGGGGACUGCCUUCUCAAGUUCUCCCUAGAUGUCUGCGAGGCCAUGGAGUACCUGGAGGCCAAUAACUUCGUUCACAGAGACCUGGCAGCCCGGAAUGUUCUGGUGUCUGACGACAACAUCGCCAAGGUCAGCGACUUCGGGCUGACCAAGGAGGCGUCGUCUACGCAGGACACGGCCAAACUGCCCGUCAAGUGGACCUCGCCCGAGGCCCUGAGGGAGAAGAAGUUCUCCACAAAGUCGGACGUGUGGAGCUAUGGCAUCCUGCUGUGGGAGAUCUACUCCUUCGGGCGUGUGCCUUACCCCAGAAUCCCGUUGAAAGAUGUGGUCCCGCGGGUGGAGAAAGGCUACAAGAUGGACGCCCCGGACGGCUGCUCCCCGGUGGUGUAUGACAUCAUGAAGCAGUGCUGGACCCUGGACCCCGUGGUGCGGCCCUGCUUCCGCAUGCUGAGGGAGAAGCUCCAGCACAUCAGAGCCAAGGAGCUGUACCUGUGAGAGGAGGUGACGGGAGGGGAGGCCUUCCACACCCUCUCACCUGCACCAGCCUCCUGGGACUAUAGACCACCACUCCUCCCUAAUGAACCAACCAAUGGCACCCCUUCAUCCCAGGCCUUUCCCUCUGCUUCUCCUCUCUCCUUCUCUCUCACUGUCUCUUGCUCUGUCACAUUCACUGUCUCAUUCUCUCUUGCUCAUUUUCUCUCUGUCUCUCUCCUUUGCCCUUUUUCUCUCUUGGGUUGCUGUACCUUCCGGUCCUUUUCCCUCCCUCCUUCCUUCCCUCUCUCUUGCUGUCCCACUGUCUCACUGCAAGGUGGGGGGUGAGGCAGGCCUUCUCCUCCACAUCUUGACCCCUGACCCCUGUGCAUGGCGGGCUGGGCGCAGGCCCACCGCGCUGUGGGGAGUGAGCGAGGCCUUCGCUCUUGGCCAAAGUGCCUCCAGAACUCAGACUCCCAGGGUGCCACACACUCCGCUGCACGAACUCUUGUGUUUUUUUUAUUACGAUUCUUUUUUUAUGUUGUUUUUUUAUUGUUUUCUGCAACCUCCUUCAUCUCACUCUUCUCAGAAUGGAAACAAGAGAAAUGAGACUUCUUGAGCUGAUCUUUCUGGAAAUGUAUUCUAUGUCCAAGACGAGGCUGAGGCUUUCGAUUCCAAGAUAUGCAGGCUUUUUUUUAUAUGAAAAUCUAUAUAUAAAGGACUGAAAAGACAAAAAAAAAAACAGGACCCAAAAGGAGGUCUGGGAUGAGAAGCUGUACAGUGUGGGGUCAGAGGGGAGGGUGUGCAUGCAGUGUGAGGGGCCUUCAGUUACUGUCUGUGCUGUUAAUGUUUGUUUCAUUAUGCCACCAUGAUUAUGAAUAAAUCAUUCCAUCUCACCAGUUUGGAGAGAAAAACAAACAAAUGAAACCUGAAA